UGGUCGGUUGGCGGCUGUGUAAUCAGUUGGUUUGUUGUGUGGAGAAGGGCUUGUCUCGAGGAAGAGGCCAGUAUGGAUCCGCCGCGGGAUAUUCAACGGUUUAAACGAAACAUCGCCACUCGGUCUACGGUAUCGUCGUGUUCCUCUCUCGCCAUGGAGAUCAAGAGAAAGAAAAUAAGGGAAAGCAUGUUUUUUCAAAACGAGGCCAAAGACAGACAUAAGAAGCGAUGCGCAAGUGUGAAUGACACGCAGCAGAUAAUAGAGGACAUGAAUUUGUUGAACAUACAACAGAUUUCUAAAAAACUAAAGGACUGUGAUAUUCAGGAGCAAUUGGAGUUUGAGAUGCGGAUGAGAGCUGGGGCUUACAAGCUUCUGAUUGCCAGCACUAAAAGAGAGCAGGUGUUGGAUGCUUCCAGGAGUCUGUUAACCUGUAACGCCCGAAUUAAAGCCUACAUAAGUGAAACCCAGACGAGGGAAAAGCAGCAGGACAUUAGAAGAUCAUCAGGAUCUCCGGAUCAAAUCCCUUGUAAAGGAAAGGUAGCCAUAUCUGGCCUACGGAUUCCAUUGUUUUGGAAAGAUACAGAACACUUUAACAGCAAAGGGAAUGCACAGCGGGUUGCAGUCUUCUGUUUGAUGAAGAUUGGGUCAGAGAUUUUUGACACAGAAAUGGUGAUUGCAGAUCCUUCAAUGACCGAUAUUUGCUUUGAAGGUGUCAAAAUUUUCUCUGAAGUUAAGCCGGACUUUGACCUGACAUGUGAACUGUAUAGCUGUGGACUAGAGGAAGAGACAACCUUCGUCAACACUCCCAAAAAACUGGCCAGGAAACUGCGCUCCUCUUUCGGCAGAUCUUCAGGCAGGAAACUCUCCCCCCCUCUGGAUGGAGGAGACCCUGACACUUUCCUCCAGUCCAACCCAAUACCAGCAGGUGCACGGUACUCACUGUUGGCGUACACCACUCUGGGUUUGGAGCAGGCAGAGGGAUCUUUCCAGUCUCAUUCUCUUAUAAUUCUGCAAAAUGUGGAGGCUUCGUCGUGGCUGCCGUUGUAUGGUAACUUGUGCUGUAAGCUGGUGGCACAGCCUGACUGCAUGACACAAGACAUGAUGAGCGGAUACCUGAGCCAACAGCAAAGCAUUGAGGGUUUGCAGCGCUGCUGUAAGCAAUACUGUGUGCUGAAGGCUGGACAGAUUACAUGCUAUUACUCUCCUGAAGAAAUCCAAGCGAAAGUGGAGCCCAGCCUCAUUAUUCCCAUUAACAAGGACACCCGUAUUCGUGUGGUAGGAAAGGACCACAAGAGGACUGGCACCAGACUCAACCUGAUAAACCCAGCAAACAGAGACUCUACCAGUCACGUGUUCAUUACGGAAACCCCUGACAUCUUGCAGGAGUGGCUGGAUGCCCUCUGGCAGCACAUUUAUGACCAGAGUCAGUGGCAACAUGCAUGUGACAAAAUCAUGGAAAUAGAGGUUUUGUCACCACGUAAACCCCCGCUCUUUCUCAUGAAGCAAGCUGACUCGGUUUAUAAGGAUCUAAGCAUUGGGUCCCCUGGGAAAUUUGAGAGCUUGACUGAUAUAAUUCACAAUAAGAUUGAGGAAACUGAUGGGCGCUUUCUCAUUGGUCAGGAGGAGGACACAGAGCCUCCUCAUUGGGCAGCACUGUUUGAAGGAUCCCGGCCAAUGGUGGUACAAAAAACAGUUCUGUCACCAGGUAAAGUAAGCAAUCAGUCUAUUACAAGUCCUGUCACAGCCAACAGAAUCAAGAGGAGAGCGCCUCCACCCCCUCCUGAUAAAUUACCAUUUGUUCAACCUACCAGUCUGUUACCCAUUCAAGAGAAAGAGAACUGUAAGGGGGCAAGGCCUCGGACAGGGCGACCCUCGCUUGAUGCCAAAUUCUCUGCCAUCAUUCAGCAGUUGCAGAAGAGCCACACAUCCACUCGCAAAAAUGCACCUCUUGGACAGAUCGAGCCCUGUCAGCACCCUUGCAUCCCUCAAAAAAGACUUGAUGAGCCCAAUAUACCUGAAAAUCCUGUGAAAGAGUACAGUCAGGCCCCUCAGCCACCUGUGCCGGCCCCCAGGAACAAACUGAGGAUGUCAUUCAGAGAUAAGAUGAACCCAAAAGCCUGGUGAAUUAAUGAGGCGUGAGACAUCUCUUUGAUUAAUGAUCUGUUAUGGAAAGACGAAACAUCCUUGGAUUCAUAAGGAGAUAAACUCCCUCUUGUCCUUUCAUUGAUCCAUAUCAAGGGUCAAGUAGAUGAGAAUGCUGGGAGUGAAUGUGAGCUUAUAAAUGGCCUUUCCUGUUUGUUCUAGCUUGAACAAAUGUUUAAAUGCAGACGAAAUUUGCUAUUGGUUAAAGUCUUACUAUAUUAAUUGUUUUUAAAAUAACAGUCCAGUGGUUGAUCAGUAGAUAACCUUCAUCUUCAAGACUUUAUAAAGGCCCAAUUCAUUUCAGCUUUAUCUUGAUUUACUGUUAUUCACUUUCAUAUCAUGUCUGUUAAACCUAGUAGUCUGAAAUAGCCACUCAUGAUGUAACCACUACCACCAAGCACUUUUGGCCCACAGCUACUGCAUCAUUUUAGUUUAAGUUUAUCUUUUUCACAGAAUAAUGUCAAGAUAUAUAUUAUUUUUUCGUCUGUGGUAUGAAAACAGGUGCAUGCUUUCUAGUUUUUUUUUUUUUUUUUUUUUUUAAGUAUAAGUAGGUGAAAAAAAGAUGGAUCAGGAACUGGAUAACUGUUGUUGUUUGUUUAGACUGAAUGAUUUUAUACAGAUUUUAUACGUAACCUCUAAACGGUUAACUAUCAUGAACUUCUUAUUUUUCAUGUUAGACACUAAGGGUUUAAUCUUCAUUUUGUAGUAUUUGACAUGUAGUUAAAAUCUUUCUAUUUUUAUAGGGUCUGAGCACUAUGAAACUACGUAGUCACAAUGUGAAUGAAAAAUUCUUGUUAGGUAAAUGUGAAUUGUUUAAUAUGGUUUCAUUUAUGUACACUUUUGAAUGUUUAAGUAGCACACACUAAAUGCUGUUGUAGAUUAUUUUCAAGAUAAUUCAUGUUUUUAUGGUUCUAUAGUGCAAUACAUGAUUUUGGUUGUUUGGAACUGUUCUGUUUCCGUUGUUUGAGUAAUUCACUCUUCAUCAAACAUAAUUUUUCUUUGGGCAUUAAUCUAGCAAAAUAUAUUUGUAGUCAUUUUGCUAAAAUGAAAAGGAACAAAAUUAAAAUGUUGUACUGAA